AUGAGCAUGAGCGUGAGCGCAAACACCAGACCAGCAGGCGCACCGGCGUCGCCCGCCUCGCGCCGUCUCCUCAUCUUCCGGGAGACGCGCGACCCGCAGAACGUCGCAGAGAUUGUCUACCAACCUGUCAACAAGCUGGGGUUACCCAUUUGUGGCGAUGGGCCUGAGUUGCCUUCUAUUCUGGAGUUGCCGUUGCGGGUGCUGAUGGUAUUUACGGAUAUCUUUAACCAGCCGAAGUAUAAGGGGUGGGCCGUUGUCUCUGCUGGUCCUUACCGUGAUAUCUCAGAAGAAGGGAAAUUCUAUGCUGUGGUCUUGGAGCAGAUGCAGAAUACUUCGCAUGAGACUCAUAUGGGGACACCUUGA